GAAGAAAGGACGCAAGAAGAAGACGAGGAAGAAGAAGCAGCAGCCAACCAAAUCUUAGAUACUUCACCAAGAUGGAGCACGCCAAGGAGAAGAUGAAGGACGGCGCGAGCGCGGCCAAGGCGAAGGCGACCAUCACGCAGGCCAAGGUGGCGGAGAAGGCGGAGGCGGCAACGGCGAGGUCACACGACGAGAAGGAGCUGGCGCACGAGCGCGGCGCCGCCAAGGUCGCUGCCGCUGAGGCGCAGCUGCACCAGGAAAAGGCCGCGCACCGCGAGGAUGCCAUGGCGCACCACAUCCACAAGCACGGCGGCCACAAGCACGGCCACUGAUACCAAACACAGGGGGCGCCGGUGGCCACUGAUAUACACACAGCCAGCGCUUGCCUCCACGUGCGUAUGUCGUGUGUGAUGUGACGACCGCCAUGAAUGCAUGAGGUGGUGUGAUUUUCUCACUUCUUCUUUCUUUUCAGUGACGUACUGUGUUUGUGUUUUGCCGAUUUGGCGCGUACUUACGUCGGGCUUAAUUAUCCCGGAGAUGAUGAGAGGAGAGCUGGCCUGGCUGUCUGCAUUGCAUGGAUGCAUGUGUAUGUCCCUUUCCUCUAUUUAUGCGUGUGUCCUCCUAACCCCCUCGAUUCAGAGGGACCAAAAUCUGAAAUAUAGGGACUUUUGUUCGCAUCUUUGGGA